AUGGCAAGACAACAAAUAGCUGAUAGAAAUAUUCCCCAUCUUCGAGAUAUCUUUGGAUUUGGUAACAAAUGGGAGAAUACGCGUCUUCAAGUCGAAGAAAAAGCACCAGGACAUGACAGUGCCGUAUCCAUUGGUUCAACUUCUGGUGAAGAGGAAAGUCCUAAGAACAGCAAGAAAAAGAAGUCGCGACGUCGUGAUAAUAGCAAAACUUUAACGGAAACCGAUGUGAAACAUCUGGAAAGACAUCUAUCCAUGAAAAAAACUAUUCGCAAAAAAAUUAUGCGUGAUUUGCAGCAAGCGUUUGUCGAGGAUCCAAAUGAGUUCCGGGUAGAUGAUAUACCACCAGAACAACUUAAGGCAGAAAUCAAUAUUCAGAGUCUGAGUUUUGGGACACCAUCACAGAAACAAGGUCGUACACGUGGAAAUACAGAGAAUACGUUCUUAGAUAUGUUACGUGCUGGAGAUGGUCUUGAAAAGAAUUCUGGAGAUGGAGAUAGAGAUUCUGGACAUGGUGGUUCCCCUACAAGGGAAACUUCUAACACACAAGAUACAGAUGAUGAAUCUACUUAUCCUUAUGAUACUCCGGUUGCAACGCCAUCGAAGAAGAGUGGUAAUUUCUGGAGACGUUUUACUAUGAAAAAUCGUAAUAAGCGAUAAAUGCCCUAUAUAAACUUUCAAUCGAUGAUUACCAAUUUAAUUUCCGUUUCUAUAACAAUAUCAACUUAGUUAUUUGAGCAGAGCUUGCAACUGUGAUAUAUAUAUGAAAGAAAAAACCAAAUUUUCUCGAGUGAGCAUAAUUUUUCCUAACUUUUUUUUAACGGAUCUCAGAGUUUCCAAAUCUAAUUUUAAAAAUAUAGGACCAAUAACUUGCAAAAGAUUCUAGAUUUUCAGAGAAAUUUUUUUACAAAAUAAUGAAAAUAAAAAAGAUUAAAAAAUAAUGAAAAUAAAGAUUAUAAAUAAUGAAACUAAAUAAAUAAAGUCAUAUUUUUACAUAUCACGAUAAUAUUUUUGAAAUUCCUUCUUCGAAAUACUUUUUGGCUAAAUUUUUGUAUAAAAAUAUUUGUAAAUAGUGAUUUACAUUAUUGCAAAUAAUAUAUAUAAAAUUACUCUGAGAUCCUUAACUUCUUGAUUCUAUAAUCUUAUAAAAAACUUUUUUUGAUGUACUUAAAGUAAUAAUGAAGUAAUUAAGGAAUACAGCGAGAAUAUUUAGCAUGUAAAAAUAAAUAAUUUUUAAUUAUUUUUUAUUUUAUUUUAUAAUUUAAAUAAGGAUGAAAAAAACCAGGUGAAAAUAAUAAAUAUGCACAAUUCUUUCAUCAUGUAUAUUGUUAGUAUUAGCUAGUCAAACAGGUUUUGCAAGAGGAUCGACAUAUAAAGUAUUCUUAAAUAACUCGUUCCAAUUUUAUACUAUUAUUUUUUUGUAAAAUUGAUCAAAUAUAUUUAUUGUAUACAAAGUG